AUGAAAAUGAGCGGCAGUGAAAAAAACGUGAACAAAGACAGGUACGACAUUUCCUCCACAAAACGUGUAACUAGGAGGUUUCUGGAAGUUUCACGUUGUAGUCGCGCAAAACAAUUAGACCUAUUGUUGUCUUUUCACCGUUCUCGUUGACUUCGCCGCUUAGCAUAACAUGAUUAUAUAUUUUGUUUGAGCAAACUAUGAAUAUAAUCGAGAGCUUCGAAUUCGCUUUUAGCCAUGGCUAAAUCUAUAUCAGUUAUCUAAUUUUAUUCUUAAGAGAUUUAUUGUAGUUCCACUUGUACUAAAGGCGUCUAUAUACCGUCAAUAACACAGCCUCUAAGCCAUUUAAUUACUGAAUAGUAUUAUUUGUUCAAAAGUGAUAUCCGACUUCUGAAAACGAGCUGAGAUCGUACCGCAUCACAAAAAAGGAAGCGCAACUAGCCCAAUCACAGCCUUUUUUUUGCCCACAUUCAAGAUCAAGUUAAACAUAUUCGACAUCAACUACUGGCUGAUCAAUUUAAAAAGAUAUUUCAUAAGUACAUGUUCGGGUACAGAGGAUAUCACGGUUGCCCUACAGCACUUUUCACACUUACUGAACAAUGGACGGAAGAUCUCGACAAACACAAUAUCAUUGGCGCGAUAGCCACUGAUUCGAGCAAGAACAAGGCUUUUGAUUGUUUACCACACGAUCUUAUCUUAGAGAAUAUAAAAUACUACGGCCUUAGUGAUCAUCCGUUAUCUCUAAUGCGUAGCUAUCUCUCUCCUCUUCAUCAAAGAGUAAAGUUUAAUGCUGCUUUCUCCACAUGGACAAAGGUGUCAAGAGGGAUCCCACAAAAGGCGAAAAAUGCCCUGUUACAAAUCACAUAGAAGAUGGAACUUGAGCAGAAAUGUUCGAGACUGAGAUCUUUUGUUAGUAUCAAUGUACUUAAGAUUUGCUUUUCGUGUUUGCAUUUUUUUACAUUUUGUUAUCUUAGCUGGGCCACACUUUGCGAUGUCGCAUUUUCUGAUUAUCGUGACUCUAUUUUGUUUCAUGUCGGUUCUAGCGCAUUCGAAAUUUCCACAAAAUUAGUAGUCAUUGUGGCACAAAGAUGUGGGCAAAGAUAUACAAUAGUGCGAUAAUAAGAGUAAUAAUAAGGAAGAUGAUGAUGAUGAUGAUAUUGAUUGUCCGAUAUGAUAGUGAUUGUGGCACCUUGUUGUGCUCGAUGUUUGUGUUUUUUGGUUCUAUGAAAUAUUAUUAUAGCGCUUAUUUAUGGCAGUAAACACUAAAAUCUCGUUAUAUCUCUGGUCAUAUCCUCGAUCGCAGGUAAUGAAACCGGGUUUCUUCGUUGCCCGUGCUACUAGAAAACUUUUCAGUCAAGGAGACCUUACUUUUAGGGAAAACCAGAUAAUACAGAUAGCAGCUAAAUUUCAUUACAAAAUUCCAUCACAGCGGACCAUCUCAUGGUCUCGAGGUUGUCCGCAUAGAAAGAGUUUUACUCUCCUGCAAAGAUCUUAAAGCCGGAAGGCCGCAGUUGAUGUGAACACUUUCUUUCGCCCCCACUUGAGAAAUUGGAGCUGAAAACCGUUCAGUGGAAUGCUAUAAUAAUUAAUAAUAAUAAUAAUCGUUAUUAUUAUUUAUUAUCGUUGUUGUUGUUGUUGUUGAUGGUGAUACUUAUUAUUGGGUUUACUUGUCCUCCGACCAUACAUUUCAAGUUUAUUACAAAGUGCGCGACGAUUAUUACAAAGUGGGAAAGAAGAUUUUUCAUUUUUCUUAUAUAGUCCUCAUUGAAGGUUUGUGUUGCAAACCGAAAUUCGGGCAAAUAAAAUUCACCACUUCAUUUUUUUUUCCUUUCUAUAUAUUUUUUUUAAGGAUCAGUUUACUGUUUUAAGUUAAAAAUUUGGUACUCAAGAUUUUACUGAUCCAGGUCUACUAAAGAUCCGGCGGACUCUCACUGGUUUAUCGUUUUGGUUUUGCCUUCACAAGUGUUUCUGAAUUGAAUAUAUAAAAACACCUGAAAUUAUGAUUGCAGCCUUUUUCUCCGCUGCUUCAUUUCUGAAAGAGCUCCUCGCGCCAAAAUGGCAAAAAGAUGUUCAUUCGGUAACCCAGAGGCGGUUUCAGCUUUACAGGAAGCGAAAAGGCUUUCUUGUGCAGAGCCUGCUACAUGAGAAAAGAAAACAACAUAUCCUCCUUGUGCUUGAAAUGUGCAGAGAAGAAAGCAAAACUUCUUUCCAUAAUUAUGAAAUAUGUGAAGUUUGCGACGUGAAAAUGCAAGUCUUUUCUUCUGAAGUUGAAACGUUUUGCCCACAAUGCGGCUUCACAACCCUUCAUGAGAAAAAAAUAAAAGAAACAAAACAUUAUUUUUUACUCAGAAGGAUAAAACAAUUUUUAUAACUCAAAGGUUUGAAUUUUGAUGUAAUGUUGAUUUCACAGGUUGUGGUGGUUUACAAUGCUGUAAAUGAAUUUGCCGAUUCUGACAAAGAAAAAUGUAUCGUUACAUUCCAAUACAGUGAAACCCCGCCUUACGGCCGCCUCGGUAACACGGUCACCUCGUUAUUACGGCCACCUUUUUUCGGCCUGGUAGAACGGUCAUACAUUUUUUUAUAA